AUGCUGGAGAAGGGAUGGGUUCAUCUUUGCAGGGUUGAUCCUGCGUAUGAGCAAGGUGUCUGGAAAUUUGUAGAAGCAGCGUCUGCUGCUUUAGGAGAAACUGAAACGCUGGUAUGCCCAUGCAAAGACUGUAGGAAUGUAGCGAGUCAUAUACCAAGUGAUGUAGUUGAUCACCUAGUAACAAGGGGCAUGGAUGAAGCUUACAAGUUGCGGGCUGACUGGUAUCAUCAUGGAGAAGUGAACUUAGUUGCUGAGGGUGGAAGCAAUUUAAGUAAAUGGAAUGAUGAGAUAGUUGGGUUAUUUCAAGCUGCUGAAUAUUUAGAUGACGAGCUGGCUAGAAAGGGAGAAGAAGCUGAAGGUGAAGACAGAUUAGAAGAUGAGUUUCUCUCAAAGCUGGCUGAUGCGGAAACACCACUAUAUCCAACCUGUUCAAAUCAUAGCAAUCUAUCUGCAAUAGUGUCACUGUUUAGGAUUAAGACACAAAAUGGAUGGUCGGACAAAAGUUUCAAUAGUCUGCUGGAGACUUUGCCAGAUAUGCUGCCUUUGGAUAAUGUGCUUCACACUUCACUGUACGAUGUCAAGAAAUUCCUCAAGUCUUUUGACAUGGGUUAUGAGAAGAUUCAUGCUUGUUUUAAUGAUUGCUGUCUAUUCCGAAAGAAGUACAAGAAGCUUGAUAAUUGUCCUAAAUGCAACACUUCACGAUGGAAGAUAAACAUGCACACAGGUGAAGUAAAGAAAGGUGUGCCACAGAAAGUUUUAAGAUAUUUUCCUAUUAUGCCCCGUCUCAAGCGAAUGUUCCGGUGUGAAGAAACAACAAAGGACUUACGGUGGCACUUUACAAACAAGAGCAGUGAUGGAAGAAUACGUCAUCCGGUAGAUUCUGUGACAUGGGAUCAAGUAAACGACAACUACCCUGCUUUUGCAGCUGAGGAGAGGAACAUUCAGCUUGGGCUCUCGACUGUAGGAAUGUAG